AUGGAUCGUACAGCAGUCAAAACCGAGGUUCCGGAACACCUAGAAGAUCUUGGUCAUGGCAAAGAUGAGCUUGAGCAGGACGUUUCGUCUGCAGGCUCGCCUAGGACUACACUCUAUCAGGUCAUCUUUUCAAUGUUUAUCGGUCUCUCGGGCUGGAUGUACAACUUCGAUCUGGGCUUCAGUGGCGUUGUUCUCCUCAUGCAGCCGUAUAACAAAGCAUUCGGCAGCUGUGGUCCUAUGCCGGAUGGAAAGGGCAACACUGUUUACAAAUGUACUCUCACGGCAACUCAGCAGUCUCUGAUCUCUUUAUCCAUUAUAUUCAUUGCUGUUGGUGCGGCUCUUGGCGGCCAAAUUGGUCAUCGAUUAGGCCGUCGAGGUACAAUCCAGAUUGGCUGCCUUGUAAUUGCUAUCGGCGCCGGUGGUAUGCUGGGGACAGAGGGUAACUUCACAGCAUACAUGGCGUGCAAAAGUAUUCAAGGAGUGGGUCUUGGUAACCUGCUUGCCGCUGUUCCCCCAUACGGCGUUGAAUGUGUGGCCGCCAGCAAGCGAGGGUUACUGAUGGCUACCUUCAAUAUCGGGCUCGGACUGGGUAAUAUGGCAGCCGUCGCUGUCUGUCUAGGUUCCUCCAAGUUCACCACAAAUGCAUCAUGGCAGACUCCAAUCGCAUGCCAAUUGCCCUGCGCCGUCCUACUUGGCGUCGGUGUCAACUUCUUCCCAGAAUCACCUCGUUGGCUGCUCACCAAGGGAAAACAUGACGCCGCCAGAAGGUCUUUCGCGAAAUUCUACUCAAAAGCCCCAGAAUCACCAGAGGUUAGUGCACAAAUGCAAGAAACUUUGCAUUAUCUCGACCUCGAGAAAUCACACAGUGCGACUUCAAGCUGGAUGGAGAUCUUCCGAUCACCUGAUUUAAGGCGAACUCUUACAAGUACACUUGUUGGUUGCGGCGUAGCCCUUACCGGGUCCAAAUUCUUCUCAACCUAUGCAUCGAUAUUUCUGGCGGGAGUUGGUAUCAAGAAUCCAUAUUACAUUACCCUCAGUUUCGCCUCUUGUGUCUGUUUCGGUGGACUCAUGAGUCCAUGGAUCCUUGAAUACGUGGGAAGGCGACUGUCUCUGCUCGUGGGUUAUGCAUGCAUGGCUCUGUCCAUGAUAAUCGUUGCCGCCAUGGGCACCGCUCUCGGACAGCAGAGCAGCUCCGUUCAAGUUACAUCGAUCGUGUUUGUCUGCCUUUGGGGUGUAAGUUACGGUGGGUUCAUCGGCACUUCGCUCACAGUUACGACAGCGGAGAUGCAUGCAGUCAGGCUACGUAGCUAUGGACAAGCAUUUACAAUCACUAUCUAUGAGAUCAUGAGUUUUGGGUCGAGCUUCUCAACGCCUUACAUGAUCAGUGCGAAAUAUGGCAACAUGGGCCUAAAUGUGGGCUAUUUCUUCGGAGGAUUUACUAAUAGAAUGAAAGUGAUCAGCAUCAUCAUAUGGGUCUUGAUGUUUUUGUUCGUUCCUGAAACUGGACGUUUGACACUCGAAGAAAUUGAUGAUAUCUUCAUCUCCAACACGAAACCUUGGAAAACAUCGCUCAGACAAAAUAAAAAGGCCGGUUAA